AUGAUAUACGGUGCUCUGAAAGUAGAGUGCAUAGUAGUGGCUAAUGGAAAGGAAGCCUUGGAAGCAUACCAAAAAUCACCUAAUUUUGCUCAUAUUCUCGUGGAUAUACAUAUGCCAGUGAAGGAGGGAUACGAUUCUACAAAAUAAAUUAGACUUCAUGAAAAUCAAAAGGAUUACCCAGGUACAAAAUUCUUGGCCUUAGAGGAGGUAAAUAUCAUAGUAAUUUCAAUUUAUAAGACGGUAAUCCCAAGACAAAGGCAGCAUGUAUCAGUGCUUGUAUGGAUGAUUAGCUUGCCAAGCCAUUAAAAAAAGAACUGUUAUCAUAGUAUUUGUGAUAUUUACACAACUUAUAAAUAAUGA